AUGACAGAGCGUAUCUUGAUGAACGAAUACAAAACCCUUGCUAAAGAGCCUUGGGUCAAUAUCGAGCUCGAGAACGAGGAUAUCUUCAGAUGGACCGUCGGGUUAAUCGUCCUUAACCCCGAUUCUUUGUACUACGGCGGCUAUUUCAAGGCGUCUAUGAAGUUUCCCCCGAACUAUCCCUUUUCACCCCCAGAAUUCUCUUUCCAGCGUCCUCUAUACCACCCGAAUAUCUACCCAGAUGGCAAACUCUGCAUCUCGAUCCUUCACGCACCAGGCGAGGACGAAAUGUCCGGUGAGCUGGCCUCAGAACGGUGGUCUCCUGCCCAGCGUGUUGAAUCUGUCUUGAUCUCCAUACUUUCGCUCCUGGAUGACGCCGAGGUGUCGUCACCCGCCAAUGUCGAUGCUGGUGUGAUGCUACGGAACAAUCCCGAGAAAUACAAGUCGCUCGUCCGGAACAACGUUGAAGCUUCGAAACAAGAUAUCCCAGAAGGGUUCGUCAUGCCGACCCACCAACAGACAGCAGUGAAGCCCGUGGAAAAGGAUGAUUCGGACUUCUGGGUGGAGAGCGAUGUGGACGAUGAUGUGUUCGGUGGAAGCGACUCAGAUGAAGACUUGUACGUUGAUGAUCAAGAUACCGGCAGUGACGAUGAGGAGAACGAAGGGGAGGAGUAG